AUGGGAGACAGGCUGCCGGAGCCUCACGCCAGCUCUUCUCCCGCUGUGGCUGCCAGCUCAGAGGCAGAAGAAAUCGAGGUGCUGGACUCCGAGGAUGUCCUACCUAUGGCCGCAGAGGAUCACUGGAAAGCCCUGUUUGAUCAGAGAGCUAGCUGUUCCUGCAGGGAGGCACUAAAGGGAGAGGAAAGCAGCUGGGAGAAGCAGGCUGAAAUGUUUGAUCCUGACAACACGGGCUACAUCAGCACCGAGAAGUUCCGCUCCCUUCUCCAGAGACACGGCUCGGAGCUGGACCCCCACAAGCUGGAGGUUCUGCUGGCCCUGGCAGACAGCAACUCUGAGGGGAGGAUCUGCUACCAGGACUUCGUCAACCUGAUGAGCAACAAAAGGUCAAAUAGCUUCCGCCAAGCCAUCCUUCAGGGGAACAGGAGGCUGUGCAGCAAGGCACUGCUGGAGGAAACGGGGCUGAGCCUGUCCCAGAGGCUGAUCCGGCACGUCGCCUACGAAACCCUGCCGCGAGAGAUAGACCGCAAGUGGUACUAUGACAGCUACACCUGCUGCCCUCCACCCUGGUUCAUGAUUACCAUCACUAUUGUAGAGGUUGCCUUUUUUCUUUACAAUGGAGUGGUAUUAGACAGAUUUGUGCUGCAAGUCAGCCACCCCUUAUACCUGAAGAAUGCGUUACUUUACCAUCCUCAGCUCCGUGCUCAGGCUUGGAGGUACCUAACCUACAUAUUCAUGCAUGCAGGGAUAGAACACCUUGGACUCAAUGUUGUCCUUCAGCUCCUGGUUGGGGUUCCCCUGGAAAUGGUGCAUGGAGCUGCAAGGAUCAGUUUUGUGUAUGUUGCUGGAGUUGUGGCAGGGUCCCUGGCAGUGUCAGUAGCUGACAUGACUGCGCCUGUGGUGGGUUCCUCAGGAGGUGUGUAUGCUCUUGUCUCAGCUCACCUGGCCAAUAUAGUCAUGAACUGGUCAGGAAUGAAGUGCCAAUUCAAACUGCUGCGCAUGGCUGUUGCCUUGAUCUGUAUGAGCUUUGAAUUUGGAAGAGCUGUGUGGCUGCGAUUCCACCCCUCUGCUUACCCACCCUGCCCACACCCCAGCUUCAUGGCUCACCUGGGAGGAGUGAUGGUUGGAAUCACCCUUGGUGUCAUCAUCCUGAGGAACUAUGAGCAGAGACUCCAAGAUCAGACUUUAUGGUGGAUCUUCCUUUCUAUUUAUGUCAUUUUUGUCUUGUUUGCCAUCUUCUGGAACAUUUUUGCCUACAGCCUGUUGGAUCUAAAGCUACCUCCCCCUCCUUGA